UACAGUAGAGGCGUGACUUCCUUUUCCGGGUCACAUGACCAAAUAGAAGUCGUAUGAUGUGAAUUUUCUUGUUCUGUUAACAACGAGAAGCUGUGGUUAAUGGCAACCCUGUUAUAUGCUCACUGUUUUGCAGGGAACCCACACACCAUGCAUGCACCAGCCCCUGCCAACAGCCCUUCCUGCAGGUGAGCUCCAGUAUCCUCUCAUGGAUCCUGACCAGCAGACCAGCCCUCUUCCUCUGCCUAGUGCAGAAUACUUCUCAUUGGACUAUCGCCUUCAGCUUAUUGGCAUUGGGUUUGGUUUCUACGCAGCAACAUUCUUCCUCUCACACCUCCUGUCUAUAGCUCUGUCCUGCACCUAUAACUCCCUGCUAGCUAAGGAGAAGGUUUUCUGGAAUCUAGCAGCCACUCGGGCAGUAUUUGGCAUCCAGAGUACUGUAGCUGGUCUUUGGGCCCUGACUGGGGACUCUGUGUUAAACAGAGACAGAUUGAGGGGACAAGAAGACUGGUCGUGGUUUAAUAUCCUCACAGCCACUGGGUUUUUUAUGUUUGAGAAUCUAGCUUUUCAUGCCUCAAGUGUGGUAUUUUGGUCAUUUGACCUCCCACUGGCAACGCACCAUUUCUUCGCCCUGUCAGGAUAUGCAGGGGCUGUGGUGUGGGAUUCCCUGGGCCACUUCCUGCCCAUGGUCACACUUCUGCUAGAGAUGAGCACACCAUUUACCUGUAUAUCUUGGAUGUUACUGAAGGCCGGCUGGGCACACACCCUGUUCUGGAGAGUGAACCAGUGGGUGAUGAUCCACAUGUUUCACUGCCGCAUGGUGCUCACCUACUACAUGUGGUGGGUAUCCUUGACCAACUGGGGAGAGCUCAACACCCACAUGGCCCUGCCCCCACGCCUACUCUACUUUACAGGCCUCGCUCUGCUCACAUUUAUCAUCAACCCCAUCUGGACGCACAAAAAGACCAUGCAACUGCUCAACCCUGUGGACUGGAACUUUGGUAACAAGCCGGCACCCUUAAAUGGUCCCUCUGAGGUUUCUGUCAAACCCCACGCCAGCUGAACAGUACUAAGGAGGUCAUUUCUUAUUCCUAAUGAGGCCAUAUUUUUGUACUUGUUUUUCUUUCUCUUAAUGAAGUGACUUUUAGAGUGAUAAUAGUAAGAUGGAUAUUUUUAAGAUUUACAGUCACUACAGAAAGUUUUCAGACCCUUUCAAGUUUUCGACAUUUUGUUGUUUCAGACUCAUCUUUACAUUGUUUCAGUUCUUUUUGGCAUCCUACCUCUAUCAGUGGUCAUUGAGAUGCUUCUACAGCUUGAUUAGAGUCCACCUGUGCCUAAUUUAAUGUCUUGGAUAUAAUUAGGAAAGGCACACACCAGUGUAUGUAAGGUCUCAUGGUAGCCUGCUGAGAGUUUGCCAAAGGGCACCUGAAGGACUCUGAUGAAACAAAGAUUGAUCUAUGUAGCCACAAUUCCCAACAGAGUGGAGAAAACCAGGCACUGAGCAUCACCUCACUAAUAACACGGUGGUGGCAGCAUCAGGCUGUGGGGAUGUUUUUCUGCAUCUGGGACUGGGAGACUAGGCAGGAUAGAGGUAAUGAUGGAUGCAGAGAAACAUAGAGUAAUUCUGAAUGAAAGUCUUGUGCAGAGUGCUCAGGAUCUCAGGCUGGGGUGAAGGUUUACACUUCAACAAGACAUUGACCUGAAGCAUAACACCAAUAAAACACAGGAGUGGCUUUGGGAAAACUCUGUGAAAGUCCUGAAGUGGCCCAGCCAGAGUCUGGACUUGAACCCAAUAGAGCAUCUCUGGAGAGACCUGAUGGCUGUGCAACGACACUCCACCUCCAGUCUGGCUGACCUUCAACAAAUGUGCUAAGAAGAAUGGAAGAAAAUUCCAAGAGAAAGGUGCCAAGGUCGUAGCUUCAUUCUCAUUUGAGGCUGUCAUUGCUGUCAAAGGUGCUUUAACCAAGUACUAAAUCAAGGGUCUGAAGACUUUUAUAAUUUGGACAUUUCAGUCUUUUAUUAAUAAAUUUACAAAACCCUCCACAAACCUGUUUUAACUUUAUCGUUGGAGUAUUGUGUGUAGAUUGAUGAGAAAAAGAAAAUGAAUUUAAAGAUCUGAAACAUGAAAUGUGGAUAACUUGAAAGGGUCUGAAAACUUUGCAGAGUCACUGUAUGCUCUUACUGUAUAUAUGUAUAUACAUCCCCUGCACUAAAGGUGAACUUUGCUAUUUUAAAAGAAACUCCUGAAAGUUAGAUGCAACUUAGGUUCAUACAUUAGGUGCAAAUUAAAAGCAGCAAUUGUAUGACAGCACAAAGUAGCAACAUGCAAGUGUAGAUACCUAGUACAAGUAGUGUAGCAGUCGCUGAUUGUGGAUUCUCACCAUCCUCAUCAUACUUUGUACCCCUUUACUUCAGUCUUUCCAAGACUAACCUCUGAGCACUUGAACACUGGAGGUGAGCCUACUUUCUUCUGGAAAUUUUAAACACCAGUGUCCAUACAGUGUCUUUUUUAAAGUAUGUUGUAUGAGGCAGGAGAUUGAGGCCCUGUUUAUUUAUUUCACCUUCAGGGUCCUAUGUUGAGAAAUAUCCACUCUACCAGUCGUAUAUGGUCAAUUAGCAGCAGAUCUUGGAAGGCCUAUUCAAAAGUACAACCAUUUAUAUGUUAAGAUUUUGUUUAUAAGCAGUUUUUUCCUCCUAAAAGAGUUAAUUGCUUUAAGUUUUCUCAAAGUUUGAAGGAACACCACACAUUGUAAAAGAUAUUUAAGGAGUCUGAACUUUUUGAAGCUACUUUACACCAACAGUAUUAAUAAGGAGGGGCAGCCUGCCAUACUUGAAGUGGUAUUGCAGUAGACCUUUUUUGUCUGCCCACAGUUAUCUCGAUAGAUUGAUAGAGAAGUCUAGUUGAUCGGUCAAGACGUGAGAGGUGUAGGUGUAGAUAUUCAGCAUUGAUUCCAUGGCAUAUACAAGAAAAUUGAGUUACACUGAAAAAUGAGGUUCUGUAGCUUAGUCAUUGCUAAGAAUUAGAGAAUUACAUCAGUCAGGUCAUGGGUCACAUUGGUGAUUUUGAAUGGCUAGUUUUUUGUUUUGUUUUUUUCUUGGUAGAAUGGAAAAUAUUUAUCAAGGUCAUGAAAGAAGGGGCCCUGACAGAGUAGUCUUUAUUGAGGUAGAAUAGCUCAGGGCUGGUCUGUUCCACAAGGGCUCUGUUGUCCAGGAUGGACAUGUAUUGUAGUAAAAGUAAAGCAGUGGUGAUACAAAAUAUACCAUGCAACAUUUUAAUGAUGAUUUUUUUUGGUGUUAUGUAAUUUAAAAAGUAUUUAAAAUUUAAGUAAUUAAAAUUCAAGGCGAACCAAGUUUAUUAGUAUAGCACAUUUUCAUACACAGUGGCAAGUCUAAGUGCUUAACACACAAAUAGGUAAAACAUACAUGGAUAAAACAUUAGAUGCAAGUUAGGUUCAAACAUUAAGUGCAAAUUAAAAGCUGCAAUUACAUGACAGCACAAAGUAGCAACAUGCAAGUGUAACCUCUCAAACAUGAGUCGGGCAUACUUUCUCCUAGAAUUUUGAUAUAUUAGUGUCUGUACAGUCAGCUAAAACAUUUGAGAUGUUUUAAUAAGUAGGUAGUAAUUUCUGCUAAAGCCACAUCAAAGUUUUAAAAACAUUUUUUUUGUUUGUUUUUCCAGUCAAUGGGCUCAUUUUUUUUAAAUUGUUGCUCUACUGAAGACGUUCACAUCAUUCUUUUGUAAUGUCUCACAUUUCUCACUAUGGUGGCUGUUACAGCGCUGCCACCAUAGCUCAUAUUUGAUUAUGUUAAUAAGCUCUCGGUUUUUAAAUGUUUGUGUGCACUUCAUAACUUCAAUCACAAAAUUUACAAACAAGGAAAUCUAAAAAUGUCUAAGUAUUUUCAUUAGGUUAAAAAUAUAUGUAAAUUUCUUACUAUGAUAUUGAUUGUAAGUAAUAUUGGUUAAUAUUGCAUUUCAUUUGUUGUGAUAUAGCAUAGAAAUACAUUAUGAGAUGGUGUGGGGGUAUUUCCUGUAUACAGUAAUUUCUGUGCCAUUCUGUGUGCUGUUUAUGUAUGGAAAUUCAUAAAAUUGAGUUGUAUUAUAAAUUUAGCACAGUUGUUUACAUUGGUUUUGUUUAUACCUAAAAUGUAUUAAUUCUGUACAAUAAAACAUCCGCCUGUAGGUGGCAGCAAAGAAAUAAUCUCUGGACUACACCCAGACAAUGUAUGAUAGUUUGGUUUCAGUUUUGUUUCCUAAAUGAAGCCGAAUAAAAGUUUGUUCACAGAG